UUCAACACCAACCUCGAUUUCUUAACACCAACAUAAACAAAAUGUCCCGCCUUUUAACCCGCCGCUACACACCCUCCAGCCUCCGGGUUCCCAUAACCCCCCGGCUCUCAUCAACAUUCCAAUCCCGCCCCGGUCCCCCAAAGCUCCCCGCCGAAGAACAAGCCGAAUUCGAGCGUCUACAGCGCGCAGCGUCUGUAUCAUCUGCUUUCCAGCCCACAGAGAAAACAGCAGAGGUCACGGGAGCUACACCUGCUACUUCACAAAUUAAGCAUACAACUACACCUGAGAAAAAGACAGAUGAUGAUAUGAACGUGGGCUACUUCCGGGGUGCGCCUCCAGAAUUUGAGGGCGAUGUGAAUCCCAAGACUGGAGAGGUUGGAGGGCCCAAGAAUGAUCCUCUUCGAUGGGGCGGGGAGAGCGAUUGGUCUUACAAUGGACGAGCGACGGAUUUUUAAGACAAAAUCACGGACAACAAGCCUCGGUGGCGACACAGACGGCAACAAAAUUGUACAAAACUGUAUCAUAUCCAACUUAUAGACAAGGCAUACGCCUUUUAUUAAACUUGUUAUAUCAUAA